AAUAUACAUAUUAAUGCAAUACAUGUUAAUAGAUAUUAAUACUCUAUUAAUUUCACAUGUCCUAUCAGAACGUGUUUCUGCUGUUCUUGGCUGCAUGGUGUUCUUCUAGUUGUGCUGGCAAAAUGGUGCUAUUUUGAUCAGCAUCUUGAUUGGAGGCACCUCAUUUGUUUAUGCACAUAUCAUACUUUGUAACUUAACUGUAUUUGUUCAUGAACAUAUACUCCAUAGAUGGGAGUUUAUGUGCAUAUGUUUUUUGCCCAAGAUAGGUGUGUCGGUGUGCAGCACCCGUAAAUGAAACACUUUUCCGGAGCAAUUCGUUACUGCCCAAAUUGUACUUCUGACCAUCUGAACUGAAUAUGCACAAUAAAUAUAGUAUCUUUUCCAGUCACAAUGACUUUUGACUGCUCCCCAGUUGCAUUUCCUUUCUCAGAAAGCAACUAAGUAGUUUGAUAUGUUUGCCAGGGUUGUUUCUGGUUCCAUUUUUUCUUGGUCAAACAAAGCAGCUCAUUUAAUGUCACAUUAACCAGCUAUCUAGAUUAACUGUUAAAGCAUGUCUCUUUCUUUAAUUAGCUUUUGUUGAAAAUGUACAUGCUGCCCUUACUAAUAUAAUUUCCUAAAUUAUAACAUCACCCCAUCAUCAUAAGUAACCAGUCAGUGUUUUGCCUAGAAUUUUGUUUAGCAUGUGUGCUUUUGUGCCACAAGUAUGACACUGUGUCACAAUGGUGAGGCCCAUAUGUAUUCAAUCCAAAGCUCAAUUAAGAAAAUAUCCAAAUAAUCCUAUUCUUCUUUCAGCUUCUCCCUUAAGGGAUCACCACUGCAAAUCAUCUGCCUCUGUGUUGCUCUAUCAAAAAUUGCAUAAUAAUAACAACAGGACAGUAUGGCCACCACUGUUGCUGUCAGUCCCAGUGAAUACCUUCAGCCUUCCUCAGCUUCCACACAACUUGAGGAUCACACACAUGGACCACAGACGGACACAAAAGCUUCUCAGGACACCCAGCCCAGUCCUUUGGCACUCUUGGCUGCCACCUGUAGUAAAAUCGGCCCUCCAGCUGCACAGGCUCCCGUUAGUUCCCCUGCACAACCGCAGCCUCGCAGACUCCUCCCCAUAAAGCCGGCUCCAAUCGCGCCUGCUCCACCCAAAAAUCUGGGAUUUCUGUCACCCAAGGGCAAUGUGAUCCUCGGCUCCGCAGCUCACGGCAACCCAAUUGUCCUCACUAUCCAGCAGAGUCCUGCUCGCAGCAGCACCUCAGCUCCUGCCAACAUCCAGUACCAGAUGGUGCCACAGAUUCAGGGCACCCAGACGAUCCAGGUGAUGCCACAGGGCGGUCAGAUCCAGCUCAUACCGGGUACCAACCAGGCCAUCAUAACCACACCCAUGACUGUUCCGGCCCCUGUGGCUGCCACUGCUCCGGUCACACCGCAGAAGACUGUAGCUAUCAAGCCCUGCCCUAAGUCACGCAAGCAACACAACUCCACUGCGAAUAUUGUGCAACUGCCAGGUGGGCUCACACUGCCACUCAAUGUGGCGACCGGAGAAGUGGGUGGGACUCAGAUCAUCACAGAAACGGCUGCUGCACUCCCAAAUCCUGGAAAGGGAAGACGUGGGAGGAAAAAGAAAUUGGUUGUGGCGACGCUGCCUCAACAUCCUCCUGCACAGGCUGCCUCACCACCCCCAGAACAGAUGGAGGCCUUUGUGAUAGAAGCCGGAGACAACAUCAUUCAGGCUGGUAACAACCUGCUAAUUGUGCAGAGUCCUGGACAGCCAGCAGUGGUGCAGCAGGUGCAGCUGGUCCAGCCCAAACAGGAAUCUCAGGUGGUUCAGAUCCCACAGCAGGCACUGAAGGUGGUGCAGGCCGCCUCCGCCACGCUGCCGCCCGUCCCACAGAAACAGUCGAACCUGCAGGUCACCACAACAGAACCAUCACCAACACAGCUCAUCUUCAAAACAGCACUGGGCGAGUGGCCAUCAGUUCUGCUCCAGGACUCCAUCUCCACAGCAACCCCAACCAUGUCAGUCGCCAACACCACGACUUCACCACCGACAAGCGCCAAAAAGAUGCCGGCAGGGGGGAGGAAGGAAAGGACUCUGACAAAAAUUGCCCCAGCAGGGGGGAUGAUAACGCUGAAUACGUCGCAGCUUCAAUCUGCAGCCCAGGCGGUGCAGACCAUCAGCAUCAAUGGGGUCCAAGUUCAGGGUGUUCCUGUCACCAUCACCAACGCAGGGGGCCAGCAGCACCUGACAGUGCAGACCAUGCAGGGAGGAGGACUCCAGCUGGCUGCUGCUCAGGGGCAGCCGACUAUCCAGGUCGACCAGACCCUCACUCUGGAGCUGCCUGGUCAGCCUGGAGAGAAGAAGCGACGCAUGGCCUGCACCUGCCCCAACUGUAAGGAUGCAGACAAGAGGCCCGGGGAAGUAGGGAAGAGGAAGCACAUCUGCCAUGUCCCUGGCUGUGAAAAGACAUUCAGGAAAACGUCACUGCUGCGAGCUCACGUCCGGCUGCACACUGGCGAGAGGCCUUUCGUCUGUAACUGGGUUUUCUGCGGGAAGCGAUUCACGCGCAGCGACGAGCUGCAGCGCCAUGCAAGGACACACACAGGAGACAAGCGCUUUGAGUGCAGCCAGUGUCAGAAACGUUUCAUGAGGAGCGAUCACCUGACAAAGCAUUUUAAGACACACAUAAACACCAAGAACCUGUGAGUGGAAUGUAUACUGAGUGUAAACCCAGAUAAACUCUGAGACUCAAGACGGGUUAGAGGAAGGAGAAGCAGAGGGAGUGCCUGUGACUUGUCCCAUAAUGGGAAAUACUCCAAAAAACAGUCCCUGUAUCUCCUCUCACUCUUUGAAGAGUGUGGUGUACAAAGAAAACCCUUCCUCCUGGUGAACUCCAAACUUGCUCAGCAAAUUUAUUAAUAAUAGAUUAUUUUUAUUUGCUUUUCCCACUGGCCUGAGUGGAGGCCACAAACCGCUUUGACUGAACUUGUAAGAUGACGACAUGGGCAGGUUUCAGAUGCAGAUGCUUAAAUCUGCUUGCUUAUUCAUGAACAUCUCUUGCAGAAGAACAUACACAGAGAUCUGACAUCACAGGUGUCGACACCCGAGACCACAGAAAUCCACACACAUUUAAAACAGUUUCCAUCUCUUGCUUCUCCUAAACCAUGCCGCUUUUUGUUUUGUUUGUCAUGGAACGUCAAAAGCUCCCAGACACUGGCAGUGAAGAACCAAAAAAAUGACAUAUUUUACGAAUUGACCAGAAAAAGGUGUGUUUAUAUCAUUUGAAUGGUAAUUUUAAGUUAUUAACAGCUGUUUACACAGCACAAACAUUUGUGGCUAUAAUAUAAAAAACAAGACUUAAAAAAAGGUACUAUUAUACAUAGUAAACAAACUAUUUAUCAUGUAUUUCCAUAUUUUUUAUUCAAAAUGAAUUAAAAAAAGUACAUGUAAAAAAAGACAAAAUGAGAAAAGUUGAAAACAAUAGGUGCAAUAUAGCAUCAUGUAGUCUGAGAUAAAGAACUAAUCAACAACACUACAGGAUCAGUUCAAAAGCACUGUGCCUGAAACAUUAACAUUUUAAAGUAAAUUUACAAACAAACACGCCACAAGCCAAGAGCAGCUGGUUUCAGGAUCAUAUUGUCAGUGGUGAAGUGCAUACGUCUUAAAGGAAAAGAGUGGAAAUCAUUUUGCUUAGUGGUUCAUUAUUAAAUCUAACAAACCAUGUCUCCAAGUUUCAAAUAUAGAUCAGUCGCCACCUUUAAAUGUGAAAAACAUGGCUGCAACUACCAGAUAUAUAGUCUAAAUUAUCAUCUAAACCUCAAAAUGACUUUUCAUAAAUUAAUUUAUAGAGAAGCAAAGAAAUAAAUGAAUAUUAGUUUUCAAGAAGCUGGAGUCACACAAAUUGGACUAUCAAAACAAUAAAAAGAAGAAAUAAUUGGGUAAAUAAUGGAAGACCUUGGAUUGAUCCUUGUGGAGCUCCAGGUAUAAGAGAAUCCAAUAGCAAAUCUUUCAAGGGAUUAUGAGGUGAAAGCUGUGUUCAGGUGUAGUAAAGCCACAAGUAACAUAUUUGUAAUGUAAUGGAAUUCUGGUUGUCAAAGACAUGGAACAUAUAAGUAAAAAUACACACUGUCUAGUAACCAAUGAGAUUUUUUCUCAUCAAGUGCAGCAGAUUGUGCAGACAAUAAGGUCAGGACAAUGUCAAAGGAUAAUGAUGAUUCCACCUGUGAAGCUACAUCAUGUGUAACCGCCUGAAAUUCUCUGUCAGACGCUUGUAUUUCCUGUGUUGUCAAGGGCGACACGCUGGAGUUGAGUCCUGUAAAAAUGUGUUUUAUAAAAAAAGAAAGGUCCAAAAUGUUUUGAAGAGCCUAUCUCCUGGUGAACCUGGCCGCUACCACAACAUGGUACGCUUACAAAGCAAAAUAUUACUGUGGUACUAUAAUGUAAUGACUGUGGCCACAUUCACAAUACUCAUCAAACAUAAAUCACAUAAUUCCUAAACAUUAAACAUUUUUCUAUACGGCUGCUUGUGUUAACACAACGUUUAUGGUUAAUAUUUGAUUAAACUUGACAUCUUUUGCUAACUAAAAAAAGAAGCUUUUGUUGUUGUGGUAUUUACAGUAUAUUCUAAACAUGUUUAUACUUAAAGAAAAGAAAAAAAAGGUGAACAUUUUGGUACCUGUACCAAAGCCACCCAGGUGUCUUCUUACUCCUUGUGUACUACUAACAAACGAUCAAACGAAACUCCAGGGUAAUAAUCUCAUAUUCUGCUCUGUCACAGUAUAGUUUUCAUUUGGCCAUUUGUAGCCUAUGCAUUGCUGUAAAUAUGACCUGAUUUACACUUUAUUGGUUUUUUAUUCGGCCUAACUUGACAAUCAUGUCACAAGAUGCAAAAAAAAGAAAGAAAAAAAGCUUUCUCAGGCAUUUGAUCAGUUUCCUUGUACAUUAUAUUAUUUUUAUUUUUUUUAUUUCCUGCUCUAAUGUCAUAGCUUUAAUUCUGAAUUUAAACUGGACAUACUGAUGACCAGCAUUAGGACCUACUGUGCAGUACUAUCAUGAUAUAAUGUCGAUGUACUGACCUUUUGCCAGCAGCUCAUCUGGUCAGUUUGAGGGAAGAUUCUCAUACAGACUCAUUUGAUCAGCUUUUUUCGGUCAAAUUAGCUCCGUGCCAUCAAACAGCCACCAGCUGAACUGUCACUGUGGCUCGUUCUAAUACUGUGACAUGAGUAAUCGAUGGUGGCUUUUCUCAACACUGUCCAACUAUGACUUCCUCUCUGUAUUCAACAGAGACAUUUGACCAAACAAAGCUCAAGUCAAGUCAGAUUCACAUUUCUUUGUAAAGCACUUAGAGCCAGUUUUGUGAUGUGUUUCACAGCCAGUGGGAGACAGAUGAUGGUGUAAAGCUUAGGUGGCCAAUAUUUGGUGUAUUUUUCUAACAGUGUGUCUGAACGAAACGCCAUCAUACCUUUGGAAUAGAUAGAAAGACUCCUGCUCAUAUUUAUGUUUGUAUUUCAUGUCUAAAGAUGUAAAUACAGUGUAUGGCUGUUUGACACGGUAAAUGUAGGAUAUACAAAAAAAAGCGAGAGUUAAAGCUGCCUAGUGUUGUGGUUGGCCUGACCAGCCCUGAAGAAAAUGGUCUUUGUACAGUGUUUGAGGAAUAAAAUAUUAUGUGACAUUGUAUAGCUUCAUUACUGCUUUGUAUAGGACUCUUAGGUCUUUUUUUUUUCUAUUGAAUUUAAGAUGCCUUAGCUAGCUGCGCCCAGUAUUUAAUGAUGUUCCUCUCUCUAAUUCCAGGUUACAACAUUUGUAAAAUUCCUUUUGUGUUUUUAACUUAUGUUACAUGCUAAUGUCAUGUGCACUAAUUCAAACCCACAGGUUCCAAAAUUUGUAAAUUUAACCUCGAUUUUAAUUAAAUGUAAUAAGAUUUUCAAAAGUAAGACAUUUCUCUAUCUAUUUCUGUGGUUUAAGUGCUUCUUUUUCUCCGAAGCGUCUGUGUCAUCACUUUUGAGGAGAACCAGCAGUUUAUUUUCUAACUUUUACGAAGGUGCUUAAACAUGACGUUUGCUCCUUUUCUACAGUCACCACCUCAAUAAAUAACUCCAAACUA